UGAGGACCUCUGGUAUUUUUUAAAUGGAGGGUUAUGUAAAAUGGCGCUCGCUGGUAGGUUGCGGUGGUAAUUUUUUUUCUUUUUUUUAGAUGAAGGUGAGGUUUUUUUCUGAGAUGUUUUUAUAGAGAACUCUCUAUAUAUUUUUUUUAAUAAAAACAUGAGCACAACUUCCUCUCAAACGGCGCUACAGGAUGACGUCUCAACCACUAGUCACAAACAAUCGGCGUCAAAUCUGCAAUGCACCAAAAUUAGAAAAAUGAAAGUACAAAGAUAGCAGGUAGAGAUCCAACACACAGAUACACAUUACACUUGUCGAAAAUACUUGAUCUUUCUCAUUGUGUACUUUUUACCAUUGGCAAGGAGCAACCGUCAGCCAAACAUACCUGCCCGAUUAAUGUAAACAUGAACAAUUAAUCUAAGCUUGCCGCUGAAUGAUGGUUGCUAGCCAUCAUUCAAUAAAGCCUAGCUGCUUUUUGCUCAAAAAAAAAUUACCUUCCGUUUUCUAAUACUUAAUCUUUAUUGAACAUUGAUAAUGUUUACAGGAAUGGAGUUCACGUCAUGAGGCACUCCCAACGACAAAUGUGCACCAGGAGAAAGGGAAAAAAGCAAAUCUAGCUAAUCGAUGGCUUCAAAGUUUGAAGCUCUAGGCUCAAAAUUAAACCCAGCGUGACUAAAAGCUUUACUGUACUCGUUGAUCUCUCUAACAACGGCACCAUAAUUUCCUCCUGCACCUUUUUUUUAGAACAAUUGCCUCCUGCACCUUGGUUGAUAUGAUUGACCAUUUUUUUUAGGGAUGAUUGACCAUUUAUUGAUGUUACGGGCUUGAUAGGCCCUAUUUUUGUUAAUUCGGGCUGGACCUGGAUGGGCCUUGGUUGCCAGUCCAUGGCCAGGAAGGGGAGGCAUCAGCUCUGCUUCACUGCACCAUCGGCUCUGCUUCACUCCAUCGGCUUUGGUUGCCAGUCUUUGAUAGCUCGAUCCCCUUUCUUACCGAAACCCUAAACGGAAGGACGGCGAGGCGCUGCCGCCGCCGGACAGGAUGGAAGGCGAGGCGCGGCGGCCGCCGGCGUGCGUAUCCAAGGUGCUCGACGACGACAACCUCCUGACGGAGAUCAUCGUCCGCGUCGGCUUCCCCACCAGCCUCGUCCGCGCCGCCUGCGUCUGCAGGCGCUGGCUCAGCCACGCCUCCGACCGCGCAUUCCUCCGCCGUUUCCGCGAGCUGCACCCGCCCACACUCCUCGGCUUCUACAUCGUAGAGUGGGGGGUAUCCGGCCGCCGCACGCUUCUUCCCAAUACUGCCUCAGCCCCCAGAGCUCGCUGCCGUCGUCCGCCGCGCAAACUUCAGCGAGGGGCUACCCUUCUCCAGAAAAGAAGGGGAUACCAUGGUGGGCUGCUCGAACGGCAGUGUCUUCACCCGCCGCCUAAACUUCACCAGCUGCGGAAACUUCGACCUGGACACCUACGAGCUCGUAUUUGCAGUGCACAGCCCGCUGUGCUAUGAGGGAGGUAUGGCCUUCCUCCCAGGAUUACAUCUCAGAAUGCCCUCUUUGUACAGUUGGGCACAACUCUUCUCCAAAGAAGAAGGGGACGGGUCGUCCUACUUUUACGUCAUGGUGGAGGCCCUGGAUACCAUGGAACCUACGUUAAAUGUGUAUAUGUUACAAAAUGGUGGUAAUGCCUGGCACAAACAUCUCACCUUGGUGUCGGACCUCCUCUGGCGUCCAUCUAGUCACAAAGGCGUGCUCAUUGACAACAAAAUCUAUGUCGCGACCUACAAUGCAAUUGUUGUCCUGGAUUUGACGUCCUCAAUCUUAUCGACAAUUCAGCUCCCACACGGGGUGGGUUUUGGCCUAGGCGCCACCGUGUUGUCACGGGCCGAUGAUGGUUCUGUUUUAUAUCUCAUCCAUAUCAAGGAGCUUCAACUUCACAUCUGGCUCCACAAUGGGGACAACUGGCUGCUGGUGGACACCAUUUGCUUGAGUGAAAUGUGUGCUAAUUUUCCUGAGGAUGAGCUUACUACUUGUAUCCGGAUAAACCAUGUGGGGGACUAUAAUGAGUAUGUAUUCUUGGAGAUGGAUCAAUAUGCACUCUACUUGGAUGUCAAGUGCAGGACGCUGCGUAAAGUGUGCGAGAUGAUAGCAGAUGAGUAUCAUUUGGGUGAUAUCUAUCCUUUUAUGAUGAGCUGGCCUCCCAUUUUCCCUACUCUCAGUCCUGCAAGGGAUGCCACUUGAAGAACGAGGAUAUGAGGAAAGCUUUUGGAUGAGUUGUGGAAAGGGUGCCACCAACCAAGAGCACAGAGCUGCAUUUCUGCGGUAGCAGUUCUAACCGUGUUCAUUUUAACUAGCAGUGGAUUGAUUAGGAUGGUAUGUAACUUGAGCAGCUACUCUUGUCAUGUGGCAUCAGUUGGUUAGUAACUUAGUAUGCAUCAGUAGUGUUAGUGUGUAACUCUCUCGCCUGGUUUGUUUGUGUUGUUGUCCACUCCAGCUCGCUACUUGUGAAAACUGUCUUAUUUUGUAUGUUGAGUAGCUAUAUUAUCUGAUCUAGUACUUCUGUUGCA